AUGGAUCUCUUUCGAAGAAACACGAGCAGGGAGCAGCACGGAGCUACUAGGGAAGUCCGAAUUCGUCGCUUUUUGGUCGCGUCCAUCUUCGUUAGCCUCUUGCUCAUCGUAUUCGUCCUUCUCCUCAAUCCUCGUUCUCAGCCCUUCUCGCUAAGGUCAUCCUCUGCCCAUGACCCUCUCCCGACCCUCCCUCGCUUCUUCCAGAACUAUCCUACCCUCGAAUCCUAUGGUCCUAUUGCCGAUUCCCAUUGGGAGGCUCUUCUCCUUUCUCCCAAUGGUGGCUACAUAAAGGUCCAGCGCAACGAAACCUUUGUUGAGAGCUGGGGCAUAAGCAUGUUUCACGCCCUCCACUGCCUUCGCAUGCUUAGAGACGCACUUGCACCCACUACGUCUGAGCACUCUGAGCACUCUAACCACUUUCGCCCAACUCACCUGACUCACUGCUUCACCUACUUGGCGCAAUCACUACUCUGCGCUGCUGACGACACUAUCGAGGCUCCUAUUCUCGAAUAUAACCGUCAUAAUGAAAUUACAGGCUUCCGUGUGGACGGGAUCGGAGUGCAGCACAAGCAGUGUAGGGACCCAGCACUGCUCUACGCUGUGGCUAGCAAGACAGAGCAGAGCCCUUUGACUCGUGAUUGGCCCGGACUGCAAGGAGCAAAGGAGUUGAUAUGGGAUUCAAGCGUAUGGGAAAAUGGCAAGUGUGUUGGAGACAUAUUUUGA